AUGGAGUCCAGCAGCUGUCCACGCGCCAAGCCAGCGGACAGCCUGAGGGUCAGCAUUCACCACAGCUCUUUUGUUGUGGACAAAACCCUUCUGGCUGAGAACUGUGAGUACUUCAGAGCAUUGUUCCAGUCAGGAAUGAGAGAGUGUGAACAGGAAGAGAUCCACCUGCGAUGUGUGGGGGUUCUGGGGUUUGUGGUCAUGCUGCGGGUCCUGGCUGGGGCGCGACCCUUGCUGAACAGCGACCAGAUUGUGGAAGCCAUCGAGUGUACUGCUUUUCUGCAGGUGCAGGCUCUCACCAAGCACUUGAUCAAUAUCAUCAAUUCUGAAAACUGCCUGCUCAUGUACCACACCGCUGCCACCUACGGUGUCUGGGAGCUGUCCCACAGCUCCGCCUUAUUCAUCAGAGAUGUGUACUCUGACCUGAAGGAGGAUCUUCACACCUUGCCCAACAAACUGGUAGAGUACGUUGAGUCUCUUCUCCCGAGUAGCUACAUGGCAGUGUGCAGCCACUCGCCCUCCAAUGAGCGGCUGCAGGAUCUCCAGAGGACCGUCUGCUACCUGGACGAAGACACCGGAGAGUGGAAGGUCCUGACACAUCUGCCUGUGAGCACGAGCACCACCAUGGCAGGCGUGGCCGUCCUGGACAACAAACUUUUCAUCAUCGGAGGAGUGCACGAUGUAAGCAAGAAGGUAGUGGAGACUGGUUUCUGUUACAACCCUGCAGCUAACACAUGGUCCACCAUCUGUGGCCCCCAGCAGCUACGCUAUAACUUUACUCUGAUAGGUCAUGAGGGCUGCCUCUACGCCCUGGGAGGGGAGUACAACAUGAAGGCCCUGUCAUCUGUGGAGAGAUACAGGGUGUCUAAUGGGAGCUGGAGUUUUGUCUCCCCCCUCCCUUGCCCUGCAGCCUCAGUGGUGUCAUCUGUAGCCACAAACAGGAUCUUUAUCUGUCUCUGGAAAGGUAAGGGGGCCACAGAUAUACACGAGUACGUACCUGAACAGGACCAGUGGGUUCUGGUCACCACGCUCGUCCGCCAACACAGUUAUGGUCUUUAUAUGGUGGCCCAUAAGGAUAAUCUGUAUGUGAUGCGCAACGGACCCUGUGAUGACUUCUUACUGUGUGUGAUGGACUGCUACAACCUGAGCUCAGGCCAGUGGACGGCCAUGACGGGCCAGUACGGGAACAGUAAAGGCUCUCUGUUCACUGCUGUGGUCAGAGGAGACUCUGUGUUCACACUCAGCCGACAGGUGACCACAGAGUACACCAUAGAGGAUUACAAAUGGAGACGUAAGCGUGAGAUGAAAGGUUUUGGCAGGAUUGGAUCCAUAUAUACAUUUCUGAUGAGGCUGCCUAAAGCCACUGUCUCCCUCAUGGAAAACUCUCUGGGUCGGACUCAGGACCCAAACCUCAGAGACCUCGGUGACGGUCCCAGAUUCUCCCCACAAUGCUCUGAUAACCUGUAAGUGCUGCGGAAAGAUCAUUCUGCUUUAUCACCACGUGCGUCUUAUAUUCAUUAUUUUGGAUAUGUGGUUCGUAAAAAGUCCAAAAUGGCAAGAAACAUCUGACAGAUUUGAAACGGACAGAUGUGUUUGGAAGAAGGGAAAAAAGAUGAAGAAUACAAUGAUAACCCAAACUGUCUGUUGUAAACAUCCUCCACAAUUUACAGAUCCACUU